AUGAACGUGCUCACAAUGAAGAACGUCGCCGGUCGGACCUGUGCUCCGGCGAGGACGCCCAAGUCGGCGCCGGCGAGGCCGUCGAAGUCCGAUCACCAGCGCAAUCGCGGCGCUGCGGCGAAGGCGGCCGAUUUGGAGGUACCUAGAGCAGUCAAGCAGCCGAAGCUCAAGAAGAACCCUCCUUGUCUUUACCAGUGGCAAUCUGCGAAAACGGCCGCUUCCAGGACUGGCAAGAAGAGCGGCAGCUCUCCUGUUUCUGGAGCCGAUGGCAAUGUCGCUGGCGAGUUUCCUUCCGGUUCCGAAGCAUCGAAGCGGGAACGGAUUGAGCUUGGUUCGGCUGGAAAUGGCGGCGCUACUUCUACUCCGAUUAGUAAGGGAUCUGGCGUAGUAGAGACGCCGUGCGGGGGCGAUAGAAAUGUGGAGGAGAACUCAAGUAAUAGUAAAAUCAAGACUCCUCCUAUCCUGGCUUCCGUGUCUCCGGAGAUACAAUGCGGGUCGGGUUUGAUGAACUACUCUGGGACGAUCGCGUCGGCAGGAGGAACGGCCGGGACGCAUCCUUGUUUCGGUGCUGGUUAUGUCGUUUCGGGAGUCGCCGAUAGAAGAAAAUGCAGGCCUAGGGGGAUUCUUAGCGUUAGAGAGAACGAGUCGGACUUUAGCGUUAGUAGUAGUCACGGCAAUGGUGAUGGUGAAAGUUUUAGUCGGCUUGCCGACAAACCUAGCAUCUCGCCAGUACCUUUACCUUGCGAAGCUUCGAUGCAGUGGUUGUUGUCUCCAUGUAAUGAGGAGGAUGAGGAGCAUAAAUAUGAUUCUGAGAAUGAGUCAUGCCCAUUUGAGAGGGUUGAAGAGGAAGGGUCUGCUCUCUGUGCUCUUACUUCACCCUCGUCUGGUCCUGUCUUUUCUUCAGAUGCUGGUAAUAAGAGUAAUGUGACAUGUACGACGACAGACUCGCUGGGUAGUGGAAAUGUUAUACGAACCCCAAACUCCGACUCAAGAAGUUCAGAUGGAUAUUUCCGCCUGUCGUGGGUUAAUAAUGCUCAGCAUGGAAGGAAGGAUCAAACAGAUUCUGAGAUAGAUCUACUGACUCAAUCUUUUAGUAAUGCCACUUUAUCUCCAGACUACUCUAUGUCUACAUGGGAUUCAACAAAUCUAAAUUUCCGGUUAGAUUGUCUGGCAAUGCCAUCCAACUCCAUUGAUUUGGCACAAGUUCAAAAUGUUCUUGAUAGCAAAGUAUAUUGGGCUUCCAAUUCCAUUGUAGACAAUGUAUCACAAUCUGAUUUGAGGAUAUCUUGGAGAGAUGGUUUAGUUAGUAGGAUCUUUGAGAUGGACGAGUAUGAUUUUGCAAAAUGCGUGUCUGAUGAUGAGGAUGCUACUGGCAGCGAUAUUGAUCUAAAGUUGCAUAAAGUCCCGCACAUAAUGUAA